AUCAGGACCAGGAUCAGGACCAGGACGUCAGAGGGGAGGGUCUCGCUCUUCUUAAUAAGUUAUUUACCUGGAGUCCAAAGUGCAGAUAUAACAUUGUUUAUUUUAUUUCUUUCUUGGAAGCUGAUCCUUCAACCUUCAAGAUUUCCCCUAAAAGCAGGCAGCAGGACCGUCCUGCGCUCCCGCGGCUGGUCUGCAGGAAGCGGCUGGUGGCGGCGGGGGUCCUGGGGGUCGUGAUGGUUCUGCUCUUGGUCGUUCUCAUCCCAGUUUUAGUCAGCUCAGGGGGGACAGGUGCGCACUACGAGAUGCUCGGAACUUGUAGGAUGCUGUGCGACCCGUACGGAACCAGAUCUCCGAGCACCACGGCCACGGUGGACCCGCUCCCAGACGGCAGCCUCGCGCAGUCUUUACCCACUUUUAUCCAAGGACCGAAAGGGGAGACGGGUCGGCCAGGAAAGAUGGGUCCGAGAGGGGCUCCGGGUGAGCCGGGACCGCCCGGUCCAGCCGGUCCACCUGGGGAGAGAGGUGAACCGGGUAGACCCGGUUUACCCGGACCCCCGGGACCCAGCGCGGCCGCGGGCGCCAUCAGCGCGGCCACCUACAGCACCGUGCCCAAGAUCGCCUUUUACGCAGGGCUGAAGAAGCAGCACGAGGGCUACGAAGUGCUGAAGUUUGAUGACGUGGUGACCAACCUGGGGAACCACUACGACCCCACCACCGGGAAAUUCACCUGCUCCAUCCCAGGGAUCUAUUUCUUCACCUACCAUGUUCUGAUGCGCGGAGGAGACGGAACCAGCAUGUGGGCCGACCUGUGCAAAAACAACCAGGUGCGUGCCAGUGCCAUCGCCCAGGAYGCAGAUCAGAAUUACGACUAUGCCAGCAACAGUGCCGUGCUGCAUCUAGAGCCAGGAGAUGAGGUCUACAUUAAACUAGACGGAGGCAAAGCUCACGGAGGCAACAACAACAAGUACAGCACCUUCUCUGGUUUCAUCAUCUAUGCCGAUUAGACGCCGUCUGCAACCACGACACUGACUGUCCUGCUGUUUCAGGCCUUGUGUUCCAGUAGAAAUCUACUAUUUGAAAUCUGUGUGUAGUAUCUAAUAACAACUUGUGCGUUCGUUUAUUUUCUACUGAUUUCUGGGGACUUUAUUGUCAGUAAAAACUAUUUUUAACAUUUAAACAAAGAAAGGAAAUGAAGAAAAUCAACAGCAGUGCAACGACUCAUAUCAAUUAAUCUGUAAUAAAGGUUUAGAUUUUAUCACCCUAUACUUGUUUACUCAAAGUGCAUUCCACGUGACGCACUGAAUCGCAGCACAAAAGCAUUUUAAUGUGGUUUAAGAUUCUCAUAGUUGGGUGAGUUGGGUGACAUGUAUGAUUAUGUGAUAAAAACCAAACARAAUCAAACCAGAUGUGCACAUUCAAUGGGACAUCUAAUGGUCCACUGUUUUGUACCAGUCCAGAUGUUCAUGUAGAUGUUACAUUCUGGUUUCCAACAGCUGCCAGAACAUGAAAAAAAGUUAAAGCUGAUUUAUAGGAUUCAGUAUAAAUGUUGUAAUGAUUAUUUGUUGGUCUGUCUCUCCCCAUGAGCACACACACUCAGAUCAUAGCCAUCCACAGGUAGGAACAGGUGAGAAAACAACACACACAUUAAACUCAACAGGGGAGCAAUGUAGCAACAGACACUCUUACAGUCCAAGAAAGAAAAACAAAAGAAAAUGAAAAAAAAAGUUAUAGUUUGGAUUAGAUAAAAAUUAAACACAGGAAACAUUAUAUUGGUUAUAUUUUAUAUGACCCAACAAAUCAAAGUGAGGAUUAAGUCAAAUUUGAUCAAAUCAACAUAAUUGUUGUCCUUAAAAUACAAAAAUUCAAAUAAAGCAUCUUUAUAUUUAGGAAACCUGACAYAAUACACCAGAUUUGACCAAUUUUGUCACAUGUCAUAUGUUCUUUUGGACUUGGCUCAGCCAAAGUGAAACAGGAAGUGACAUCAAAGAAAAGGAACUUCCUGGUCUUUGUUUAUCAAAACAAU